AUGCUGAGGAAAUCGACGCUUCUUUGCUCAUGCGGCGGCCUACAGACCCUCAGCCCGCACUCCCCGCUUGCCCGCCCCGAGCAGCCGGCAUAUAGGCGACAAUCGAAGCGUUUUGCUCAUGUACACGGGCCAGGCUCUGAUGGCGUGAAAGGGUCUGAAGAUGACCUGUCAUGGCCGGCGUCCCCUUCCUUUACCCCUUACGACUUGUUCCGGCUGGAACGGAAUGCGCCCUACUCGAAAAGGCGGUUCUACCAACUCGUCAAGAUCUACCAUCCGGACGGACACUGUAACGGCCACCCCCUCUGCAAAGAUCUGCCAGAGUCAGUGAGACUGCAGCGGUACCGGCUGCUGGUAGCUGCUCAUGAAUUGUUGUCGAACCCUACGAAGAGGAGUGAAUAUGACAAGUUUGGCCGGGGCUGGUUCCAUAGAGAGGAGCUGUUUGGUACCCAGGGACCGACGGCGAAGAGUGCUAUGGACGCAUAUUACUCUCGACGGAGAAAGGUAGACCCUACCAUCUUCAGGAACGCAAGCUGGGAGGACUGGGAGCAAUAUCAUGGCCAAAGUGGCGGGAAGUACCAGAAGCAACAGCAGUCUACAGGCGCCUCGCAUGAAACGUUCGCCUCGCUCUUCGUUCUACUAGCCAUCUUUGGAGGAGUAGCCCAGGCCGUGAGCAUAGGGAAAUACUCAAGCCUCGUUGACGAACGGGUUAAGCAAGUUAACCGAGAGUGUAGCCGCUUUCUGGAAGGUCGAAGGCACCAGACGGUCUCGGAACUGGAAUCCGUGGACGAAAGAGUGCAGCACUUCCUAAAGAGACGGGAUCCGUCUGGGUAUGGGCUGAAGGAGGAGGAGGAAGAGACGUAUCGAAAACAUCUUCGAAGCCCUAACCAUAAUAUCGAGCCUUACCAUGGGGAUCGUUGA